AGGUGUCUUGAGCACAUUGGAGUGAAAAUGUUUUGCCUUACCAGGAUUGCUACAACCCUGGUGGUGGUGGUGGUGGCCAUCGGGACGACGACGGUUUCCGGCAACGAUGCAAAUUUCCUAUUUACGGCCAAUCGCCUUCCCGCCAAAGCCGUCACCCCUACCCUAGCGAAUGGAAACAUCGGCUUCGUAGUGUACGGCGAUGCCGUCCACAUGAAUGGAGUCUACAACGGCCACCGUGGCCUAAGUCACCGGGCUCGUAUUCCCAACUAUGCCAACAUUCAAAUCCCUUAUUGCGCCGCUAUCGUUGCCGAACCGACUGGCUGCUUCUACCAGCUCGAUAUGCAGAACAACAUGUUCCGAACCGUGUACGAAGACCCGGGGCAAAACUUCCGCAUUGUGCACGACGUCUAUCCUAAUCGGUACUUUGACAUGGCGAUCGUUAACAAUAUACGAAUUCAGCGGCUCAACUCCCAGAGCGUGAUACAAAUCAACCUCGAACGGUAUAUUGGACCACCGAGUGUAGACAUCACCUUCGGUCAACCUCAGCUGGUGGACAUUGACGGAGAGAUCUUCAACCGCCUUUGCGGUAAAACGAAUCAAGUCGAGGACGAACGUUACCAACAGUUUGGCCACGAUGUAUGCGUUCAUUACCCACAGCUGUCAACACAGCUGACCCUCAACGUCGAUAAAACAGCCGAAGAGUACAGCUUCUUCACCAUUUUCUCCCGCUCUACACUUGAAGCAGAAAACGAACUCCGUGCCAUGAAGCGGUCCAAUGUCGGUUCGUUUCACUAUCGUGAACAGCAACGGGUUUGGGAACAAUACGGAAUCACCGUAGACGGAAACCAUGACCUCGAUCGGGUGCUCAAAGCAAGCUCCUUCUAUCUGUCCAGUUCGCUCCCGUCAACUUACACGAACCAGAUGAGCAGCUACCCGUUCUACGGUCUGUCCCCGUCCGGUUUGGGACGUGGAGGAGAAGAACUGAAGGAAUAUCAAGGUCACGGCUUUUGGGAUACGGAAAUGUGGAUGUUCCCACCGGUUCUUCUGAUAGACCCCUAUAAUGCCCGUAAACUGCUGCGGUACCGAACUGUUGUUUCAAGAGCAGCCGCUGAUACAGCUACUGAAAACGGCUACGAGGGAUGGCAAUUCCCUUGGGAAUCGGCCUUUACUGGGACGGAAACAACACCCGACUGCUGUCCACAGAACCCUGAAUUCCAACACCACGUUAUAGCCGACAUAGCAUACGCCGCCAGGCUAUACUUCUAUGCUACGGAAGAUGCGGAUUGGAUGCGAACUGAUGGAUGUCGUCUGGCUUACGAAACUGCCAAGUUCUGGAAAAGUCGUGCGGAAUACAACAACGUCACCGACCUCUACGAACUUCACCGCAUCAUGGGACCAGAUGAGGAUCACCAUAGCGUUAGCAAUAACGCGUUCACGAACGUCGUAGCUGCCCACAAUCUCAUGUUUGGAGAUUUCGCUGGAUGCUUGUGCGAGGGAAGCGUUGGAGCCACCAAGGAAGAGCGUGCGCAAUUCGCCGAAAUAGGCAAAGGGAUGACGCUGCUGCACGAUCAAGAGAAAGAUUUCUACCCGCAAUUUGAAGGCUAUCAGCAGGGAACUCCGAUCAAACAAGCAGACGUUGUUCUUCUCGGAUAUCCGCUGGAGUUCCCGAUGAACAGUUCAACGAAAGCAAACAACCUAGAGAUCUACAGCAAGGUAACCCGUUCUAACGGACCUGCUAUGACCUGGGCAAUGCAUACCAUAGGACAUCUCGAGCUUGGACAAAUGGCCGAAGCGGAGAAUAUGUUCACCAAGAGCUACCAACAGUACAUGCGAGCUCCGUACAACGUGUGGAGUGAAAAUGGUGACGGAAUUGAAGGGGCCGGUAACUUCAUAACUGGCGCUGGUGGAUUCUUGCAAUCCGUCAUCAACGGCUACGCUGGCGUUCGUCUGCGCAACGGAGAACUGGUGAUAACGAAACCCUUGCUUCUGCCCGGUACAACUCGCCUAUACAUUCCGGAAAUCAACUACUUAAAUGUCAAACUGAGCCUGGAAAUUACAAACGCUAACACAACGAUUGGUGUGAAAUAUGGAUCGAUGUCGUCGAACGUGAAGUUUAUCGUUGACGAACAGGAACGCGAAAUCUGCACUUCGUGCUUCAUUUCCUUCAACAACCGCGUAGUCAUCCGACCAGUGAGCCAAUCCAACUUCAAUGGAUGCAAAUUGCAGGAAACCCAAGUCGGAAUCAAGGUGGCCGAUCAAGGUAGUGGCGCCUAUGCGGUGCGUCUGGCUCCGGCAUUGAUCGGGGGUAUUUUGGUGGUUUUAGCCUUGCAGAAACUGCUUUAAUGUUAGCUGGUAAAAGAGAUUGUAGAAUGCU